AGCGCGCGUGUGCGCCUGCGCGAACACCGAGGCUGCCGGCAGGCGGAACGAGAAGAAGUGCGCCUGCACGGACCUGAUUAAACGACGCACAGCCGCCCGUGGGCAGCAGCCAGCAAUGGACCCGGAUGAGCCGGACGACCUGAUGGUGCCACUCAAGGAGAAGAGCCUGGGUGGCUGGGGCCUGCUGCAGAUUGCGGCAGGCACGGGGUUUGCUGCCUACGUCAUGUGGGCAGGAUUCCUGAUGCCUGGAUUUCGACGGGUGCCCUUGAAGUUGCAGGUCCCUUACCUUCCUGCCAGCCUGGCACAGGUGGACAAUGUGAUGGGCCUCCUGCAGGGGCGUUCUGGGAAGCUGGUGGACCUGGGCUCUGGAGACGGGCGCAUUGUGCUCGAGGCCUGCAGACAAGGUUUCCGGCCAGCAGUUGGCUACGAGUUGAACCCGUGGCUCCUUCGCCUGGCUGCCUUCUAUGCUUGGAGAGCAGGGUAUUCUGGGAAUGUCAUGUACCGGCGGGAGGACUUGUGGAAGGUCAGCCUGGCAGACUGCAGCAAUGUGACUGUCUUCUUGGCACCCAGCGUGCUGCCUCUGCUGCAGGAGAAGCUGCUGUCCGAGCUGCCCGAGGAUGCCCUGGUCGUGGCAGGCCGAUUCCCAUUCCCAGAAUGGACUCCUAUUGGCACCAGAGGGGAAGGCAUUGACAAGACCUGGGCAUAUGACAUCAGGGUGCUGAGGUGUGAAAAGGACCGGCGGAGUGGAGGCACCAAGGUGUAGAGCCGUGGGGUGUGCCAGCCUUACCCACUACUGUGAGGGCUACCAGGACACCAUUGCCAGUGCUUCCUUCAUUAGCUGGCACUGGAGGCAGAGUUCUGUGCUUUCAGAGUGCCUACUGCCCUUUGUGACAGCUGGCAUGGGGCUAUCUACUGGUCACCCUGUGCCGAACCCACUUUUUAAUUUUUUAAAGACUUUUAGUAAAGCUGCACAGGUUUUA